CCCUGCCGGCACCUCUCCGCGCUCCCUCUCGCUCGCCGGCGGCCAAGAUGGCGGAGCUGAGCAGCGGAGGCAGCGGCGCCUCGUCCUCCUCGCAGCCGGGCGGGGGCGGCGGCGGGGGCGGCGGGGGCGAAGGCGAGCCCGCGGCCACGGCAGCCACGGGCGCCCUGAUCCGCGUGACGGUGAAGACGCCGAAGGACAAGGAGGAGAUCCUGACCGGCGAGCGCAUCUCCGUCAGGGAGUUCAAGGAGGAGAUCUCGCGGCGGUUCAAGGCCAAGCAGGAGCAGCUGGUGCUGAUCUUCGCGGGGAAGAUCCUGAAGGACGGCGACUCGCUGCUCCAGCACGGCGUGAAGGACGGGCUGACGGUGCACCUGGUCAUCAAGACCCCCCAGAAGGUGCAAGAACCUCCCGGGGUGACGGUGGCUUCCCCUCCUGUUCCCUCUGCCACUGGGGUAGUUCUGGCCCCUUCUGCAGCUCCUCCAUCCCCUGCAGCCCCCUCCCAGCCAUCCACAUCCAGCAGCGGCCUUUCAGACGUGGGGAACAGCAGCUGGAGGAGCAGCGCUUUGGGCGGCACGCCGGGGUCAGCUGGGGAAGGAACGCCCAGCGGGGCCACCUCCAUCCUGUCCGGCUUUGGUGGCAUUGCUGGGCUUGGCCACCUGGGGAUGGGCUCAGCAAACUUCAUGGAGCUUCAGCAGCAGAUGCAGCGGCAGCUUAUGUCCAGCCCGGAGAUGCUGUCCCAGAUCAUGGAGAACCCCUUGGUCCAGAGCAUGAUGUCCAACCCAGACUUCAUGAGGCGGAUGAUCACGGCCAACCCCCAGAUGCAGCAGCUGAUGGAACGGAACCCAGAAAUCACCCACAUGCUGAACAACCCCGAGUUGAUGCGCCAGACCAUGGAGUUGGCGCGCAACCCAGCCAUGAUGCAAGAGAUGAUGCGCAACCAGGACCGAGCCCUGAGCAACUUGGAGAGCGUUCCCGGAGGGUACAGCGCCCUGCGGCGCAUGUAUACGGACAUCCAGGAACCGAUGUUCAGCGCUGCCAGGGAACAGUUUGGCAACAAUCCGUUCUCUGCCCUCUCCGGGAGCUCGGAGGCCCCAAACGCACAGCCUCUGCGGACGGAGAACCGGGAGCCGUUGCCCAACCCUUGGAAUCCCGUUCCUGCUUCUCAGGGCCAGGAGCCGGAGAACGAAGGAGGCCCUAACCCCGAGCCGGUCCCAAGCCGGAGCACGCCCACCGUCUCCAACCCUCUGGGCAUCAACGCAGCCGCUCUGGGGUCAGGGAUGUUCAGCAGCCCCGAGAUGCAGGGGCUCCUCCAGCAGGUCUCCGAGAAUCCUCAGCUGAUGCAGAGCGUGAUUUCGGCUCCUUACAUGCGCACGAUGUUGCAGACCCUCGCCCAGAACCCAGAGGUCGCCGCUCAGAUGAUGGUCAACGCUCCGGUCUUUGCUGGCAACCCUUCCCUUCAGGAGCAGCUGCGCCUUCAGCUGCCUGCCUUCCUGCAGCAGAUGCAGAACCCCGACUCGCUCUCGGUCCUGACGAACCCUCGGGCCAUGCAGGCUUUGCUGCAGAUCCAGCAGGGGCUCCAGCUGCUGCAGACGGAGGCCCCAGGCCUCAUGCCCAGCCUGGGAUCUCUUGGGGCCCCUCAGCCCCCCCCCCCCCCCCCCCCCGGCGGCACCCCAGUCCUGGAGCCCCCCUUGCCCAGCAGCUUGGCCCCUGCCAGCACCGCCCCAGCUGGGGACAGCAACCCCUCCCAGCAGCUCAUGCAGCACAUGGUGCAGCUCCUGGCCAGCGCCAACUCUCAGCAGGCCCAGAGCCCAGAGGUCCGGUUCCAGCAACAGCUGGAGCAGCUGAGCGCCAUGGGCUUCAUCAACCGCGAGGCCAACCUCCAGGCCCUCAUCGCCACCGGAGGAGACAUCAAUGCCGCCAUAGAAAAACUCUUGGGGUUCCAGGCUUCCUAACACCACGCGAGGGGCCUCCGAUCAGCUCUUGGCACGCAAGAACCUUUCCAGGCCCAAACCCAACACCGGUACCCCCCCCCCCCCACCCCCCCCCAAUCCCUCAAAGACUGGAA